AUGGAAGGCGGUGAGUGGAGAAAAGACAUAAUAAAUCAAUUACAAUCACGAAACAAACGUGAAACAAGUACAUUUCAGGACAUCAUAGCGUUUCAAAGCAGACUCUUUGAUAAUGUUAGUACCCUGAAAAAUGAAAAUCUACAGUUGACAUUGAUGAAUGAGAGAAUGCGUUAUUCUAACAAUGAGAGUGUUUCAAGUGGAGGAAAUCCUUCAUUCGAGAAAAUACAAGCUAUGGAACAAAGGAUUCUAGCACAACAGGAAGAAUUGACAUCAUUGCAUAGAACAAGAGGUGAAAAUGCACAGGAGAUAAUAAACCUUAAUGCAAGGGUACGGGAAUUGGAAAAAAAUUUACAGUCAAAGGAUAUAUUAAUUUCAGAAAAUAUGGCACUAAUAGCUUCACUACGAGCUGAAAUACAGAUGUAUGAUACAAAUAUGAAUGAACUACAAGGCUUGAAUCAAAUGUUGAGAGACGAGCAUCAAGCACUGCAGAUUGCAUUUGCUUCGAUAGAGGAGAAAUUAAGGAAAGCUCAGGAUGAAAACCGUUCCCUCGUCGAGAGACUCAUUAAGUACAAAGCCAAAGAUGCCGAUAAAAUGAAUGAAGAGAAUGAACACUUCCUAAAGUCAAACAACCCUACUGCGUUUUUCAUCAACACGUUUGGUAGAGUUAGUUUCGGAAAAAAAAGUGACAAGGUUCGCAAAGAGUUAGAAGAAGCGGCUAGAGAAGGUUGCAGUCGAGGUAGUGACGGUUCUGGCGGUAGCGUUGAUGAUAAGAUAAUGGAAUCGAUGCCAUACUACGCAACAACUUUACCCACUAAAGUUUUAUCAAGUUUUGACGCUCAUGACGGUGAGGUGAAUGCCGUCAAGUGGAGUCCUACUGACCGCUUAGUGGCAACGGGUGGGGCGGAUAGGAAAGUUAAAUUAUGGGAUGUCUCUAAAAUGGGUCUGGUAGAAAGCAAGGGUGCGUUGGUGGGUUCGAAUGCUGGUGUGAUGUCUGUUGAUUUUGAUGCUACCGGCGUCUACAUAGUUGGAGCUUCAAAUGACUUCGCAAGUCGCGUUUGGACUGUUGGAGAUCAACGGCUAAGGGUCAGUUGUUAUACAAAUCAAAUAUUUGAUAAUUAUAUAUAA